GGUAAGACUAUUCUAACCUCUCAGUCGUUCACAGGGAACCCUUCGAUAACCGGCUGACGAACAUCCUGCAAAGCGUUACUCUCUGCAGUAGAUGCAGGCAGAUGUUGUCACGGUUUGCGCAGCUUAUUCAUCGCUCUCAUUGUGACUGGCUAGGAUUGUUACAUUCGUGAUGACUUCCAGUAGCGUUGAAUGUGAUUCGCCAGCCGGCAUGAGUACGGGUUGCGACGCCCUGGUGAUUUGGUUCUUACCUGAUACAGAUACCGAACUUUCAGCUCUGUGCGUGCGUUAUCCCACCCACUUUCGCAGUGGAUACUCGAUUCCUGCUGCCAGCCCAAGUUCCGAGUCAUUAGACCUAGACUUAGAGUCAAACGAGAUGGUGCAGAAAUACGGAGCGGUGCUCACAACGGCGGCUGACGCAAUCGCAGGUGAUAGCGAGCACAGUGCCCUUCUUGGAGGUAAUGCUACUCCUUUAGUAACGCAAAGGGAAGGCCAUGGAAACAUACGAAGCUCCGUGAACAACCUCUCAAAUGUCGGCCCUAAUAUCAUCGCCAUGUAUCCAUCGCUAUUGGGCAGCUGGCUAUCGUCCUGCUCAUCAUAUUCUCGUAUUCACUGCAAGUAUUGGGAAAUUCGGCAGUAAUACGUAUUCAACGUACAUAGGCUUUGGGUCUGAUUGCGACGUGUGCCAAGACGCGACGGUGACCAACCACCUUUCAGUGAAGAACGUGAAACUUCAAAGGGACGACAGGAGGCAGCAUUGCAAGUUGGUCACUCUCACUACGCGCAAAUUUUCCUGGAACCUGCGAGACAUUGGGCGU